AUGGCCAGAGUGUGUACGCUGUUUUUCGUUGUCGGUUUAUGGCUGGAGAUGUAUGGACUGCUUGCUGAACUCACAGAGGAAAACGCAGGAGCUGUGUUCGUGUCCCAGCAGGCGGCAAACACGGUGCUUCGUCGCCUUCGCAGGUACAACAGCGGCCUUGAAGAAGUUCUUCACAAAGACAACCUGGAGAGGGAGUGCAGAGAGGAAACCUGCUCGUUUGAGGAGGCCAGGGAGGUGUUUGAGAACGAUGAGAAAACUAUGGAAUUCUGGGCCGGCUACGUUGAUGGUGACCAGUGUGACCCACCACCCUGCCAGAAUGGAGGUCAGUGCCAGGAUGGAGUCAGCUCUUAUGUCUGCUGGUGCAAACCAAACUUCAGAGGCAAGAACUGUGAGAUCGAAGUGACCAAGCAGUGUUCAGUCAACAACGGUGGAUGUUUCCACUUCUGUACGAUGCAGGCAGACCGAGCUGUGUGCAAGUGUGCAGCCGGUUACAGGCUUGGACCAGACAAGAAGAGCUGUGAACCAACAGUGGAGUUCAGCUGCGGUCGCGUGACCUCCAGCGCCAGCACCAGGACCUUCCUAAGCCCCCGAUCAUCAAACACGUUACGCUCCUCUGAAACCAAACGCAAUUCCAACGAUACCCUCCCGGAUGACUACUAUGAUGAAGAUAUAUCACUGAUUUAUGAUUACCUCGACCCCUCCAUGAAUCAUUCAGAUGUAUUAAACAUCUCUCAGACCUCUGCACCAGACGUACAUUCAGUGACGUCGGACGCAGACGCCUCUGUAAGGAAGGCGAGAAGCGUCACUGAAUCCCCCACAGAGAAGCCGAAGAAGCUCUCCUGGGCUUUCCCCACAACGCCCACCAUCGUAGCUAAAGACAACCUUGAUCAGAGGAUUGUGGGAGGCGAUACAGCCAUUCCUGGGGAGAUACCCUGGCAGGUGACCCUUAUGUCUCACUCGGCCGUCCUUCAGAGAGCUCAGCCGUUCUGUGGAGGAUCUCUGCUCACUGAAUUUUGGGUCAUCACUGCAGCCCACUGUCUGGUCCAGGCUGAUGUGGCUAGUAAAGGUUUUAUCGUCAGAGUAGGUGAACAUGAUGUAACAGAGCAUGAGGGUCCAGAGCGAGACCAUGUGGUGGCAGAGCAGCAUUUGCACCCUUUGUAUGAUUUCAGCAAGUCACAGUAUAACCACGACAUUGCACUGCUAAAGCUCGCCAAACCGGUGGAACUGUCCAACCAGCGGCGUCCCAUCUGCCUGGGCCCCAAAGACUUCAUACAGAGCCUCCUGAGGGACUCCAGCACCUCCCUGGUGAGCGGCUGGGGACGGCUGAAGUUCCAAGGCCUCGAGGCCACCAAGCUCCAGAAGCUGGAGGUCCCCUACGUGGACCGGACCCUGUGCAAGCAGAGCAGCCGUGACCACAUCACGCGCAAUAUGUUCUGUGCAGGCUUUUCAAGUGAGCAAAAGGAUUCCUGCCAAGGCGACAGCGGCGGGCCGCACGCCACCAAUUACAAAGGCACUUGGUUCCUGACAGGCAUCGUCAGCUGGGGGGAGGAGUGCGCCAAGGACGGGAAGUACGGCAUCUAUACACGAGUGUCACGGUACUACACAUGGAUCAGUCAGAAAACAGGGCUCCGAAUGACCAACUGACACAUGAAGCUGUCAACAAAACACACAGUAACAGCUGAGCUUAGCCACUGAGGAAGAGAAAAUGUUUCCUCAGCUGAAUCACGUGAGAAACUGCACAUUUUAAUUUCCAUUUCUGCAAUAAAAUGUAUUCAAAAUAUCAUAGUAUUGGCAUGUCUCUGGUGGAAUAUGACAAACAUUUCAUCUACUGUAAUCCUAACUAGAUUAGGUUUGUUUUCCUCUGAUGAUGCACUCAUUGCAACCACGCAGCAUCCCUCCUGUUCUGCUCCUUGUAUAAUUUCACCAGUCAAUUGUAUAAACAGGAAAACACA